UGCUUGUUUCACAUCUACCAUCCGUACACAUAACAACACGCGCACACACACACACACACACACACAUACACACACACACACACACACACACGGACAUGCACACUCUCCCAGGCAGACGCAUGCUGAGCUGAGCCAAGCGUAAGAGAAGGAAAAAAGACGCAGAACUAAAGAAAGACCACUGCAUUCCCCAGGGGUGUCAGAGAAGAGGAAGAGUUCAGGCAUCUCUCUCUCUGUCUCUGCCUCUCGCUCUCCAGCCUCAUCCCUGUGCCCUGCCAUCACAUACACAACAGGAGAGGCAGCAAGGAAGACAGAGCGAGGGAAAAACAGAAAGAAAAAAACUGUAGGGAGUGGUAUGAGGCGGUGAUGAUGGCUCUGGACAUGGAGAGGACAGUCUCUAAGCUCAUGUUCGACUUCCAGAGGAACUCCACCUCAGACGAUGACUCUGGCUGCGCUCUCGAGGAAUACGCGUGGGUGCCCCCAGGCCUCAAACCGGAACAGGUUCACCAGUAUUAUAGCUUCCUGCCAGAAGAUAAGGUGCCCUACGUUAACAGCAUCGGCGAGAAGCAUCGCAUUAAACAGCUCCUACACCAGCUGCCCCCUCAUGACAACGAGGUGCGAUACUGUAACUCUUUGGAUGAAGAAGAGAAGAGAGAGCUGAAGAUCUUUAGCAAUCAGAGGAAGAGAGACAACCUGGGCCGAGGAACCGUCCGCCCACUCCCCCUCACCAUAACUGGAGCUGUUUGUGAGCAGUGUGGAGGUCAGAUAAACGGUGGCGAUAUCGCAGUGUUUGCCUCGCGAGUGGGGCAUGGACUGUGCUGGCAUCCUCACUGCUUUGUCUGCUGCGUCUGUGCUGAGCUGCUGGUGGAUCUCAUCUAUUUCCACCAGGAUGGCAAGAUCUACUGUGGCCGUCACCAUGCUGAACGGCUCAAGCCACGCUGCUCAGCAUGUGAUGAGAUUAUCUUUGCGGAUGAGUGCACAGAGGCAGAAGGAAGGCACUGGCACAUGAGGCACUUCUGCUGUUAUGAAUGUGAGGCACCAUUAGGUGGCCAGCGCUACAUCAUGCGUGAGGGGCGGCCUCACUGCUGCAACUGUUUCGAGUCGCUCUAUGCCGAGUACUGUGACGCAUGUGGAGAACAUAUAGGCAUAGACCAAGGUCAAAUGGCAUAUGAGGGUCAACACUGGCAUGCCACUGAAGAAUGUUUCUGCUGUGCUCGCUGCCGUCAGUCUCUGCUGGGCCGUCCCUUUCUGCCAAAGCAAGGUCUGAUUUACUGUUCCCGCCUCUGCAGCCAGGGGGACGAGCCUGACCUGUCAGACUCCUCAGAUUCUGCCUUUCAGAGUGCCCGCUCCCGCCAAUCACGCCGCAGUGCUCGAAUCGGCAAGCAGGGGGCCAAGAGCAAGGCAGAAGGGGGCCGGCAGCAAUCAACUGGCUCAGCAUCAGCCACAGGUGAACGCCUUUCAGCAGAUGCAGACUCCCUUGCUGUGCAGAUGGAUUUGUUGAGUGUGUCUAGUCCGGCUCCCAGUCGUACCCCCAACCGCACACCAACACGAACCCCAAGUAGGACCCCAAGUCGUUCCCCAAGCCUGAACCGCAAACAGUCUGUCUGGAUGAGCAGGGAUGAACCAUACUCAUAUGAGUCUAAUCAAAGAGAUCCUUCCCCUUCCCCAAAUGCCCAUCAGCUGCGGAGCCAGUGUAGCAUGCGGGGCCCUUACCCUCCCUCUCCUAGCCAGCCACCAAAGGUUGUGAGCCCUCCUGAGUCUUGGCACAAAGAACCACAAGGGAGUAAUCCCAAAAAGCCCCCAGUUAUGGCUGCCCUGAGGGGACACUCUUUCAAUGAGAACUGGAUGCAUCAUGGGCCAGACCCUGAGUUCCAUCCACCCAAACUCAAGACACAGAUGAGUUUCAAUGAGGUAUCCAGCCGUGGUCCUGGGUUCUUGGAUAAGCGGAGCGUAAGUGUGCAAGGAUUUCCCAGAGACAUGCGCCCCCCACUUCUGAGGAGCAGGCACCACAUUGGUCCCAGCUUUGGUGAACUGACACCCCUGGAGCAGACACCCCGAGGAUCUGCAGACUCCCUGGCUCUUUCUUAUGCCACAGGUAACUCAUUGGAUGGAACUACAAGGCGCCAGGAGCAUCUUUCUCGCUUCUCAAUGCCUGACUUGAGCAAGGACUCUGGUGUGAAUGUAUCUGAGAAGAGUGCCAUGGGGACUCUAAAUUCAUCCAUGCAGUUCCGCAGCACUGAAUCCCUGACGUCGGCCCCAAGGCCUCUUGCCGAUCUGGGAAUGCCUGUCAGACUGAGAUACCCUCCACCACUCUACUGGGACUCACCUAGAGGCCUAAGCUUUGAUGAGCAAGCCAAAGGGCGAAUGGGCCUAGCAGGAAGCAUGGGCAACGUUCAUGUAGUGACACCGCGGCCACGGCGAGCAAAUACACAAGAGUCUCCGCGACAACAGCGGCCAAGGCAACACCACCAUCGCAAAAGCCACAAGGGGCACAAAGGUCACCAUCGCUCCCGACGCUCUCGCUCUGACAAUGCUCUUCACCUGGCUGCGGAAAACCAGGGUUACCCUAGUGACCCUGUUCAAAGGUUCCGAGAUGACUUUCUACGGUUCCCCUCAUCUAGGAUGUCACGGGAUCCUUUUGGGGGAAAUUAUGCGUAUAGGCAGCAGUUUUUCAGGCCUUGUCCUCGGACCACCUCCGACCUGACCCUGCAGGACCCUGGGGGUCCAAGACAAGGGCAGUACCUGGGCAGGUAUGGAGAGUUGGCAGAAGAUGAAGAUCACUUUUGCUCCACUUGCUCUUCUUCGUCGGAGGCGUCCGACGACGAAGGCUACUUUAUGGGAGAACCCAUUCCUCGGCCGGUGCAAGUGCGUUAUCUUGACAACGAGGAGUUGCGACAUCGUUAUAGCCCCACUUUGAUGGGUGGCCACUCCCAGCUGCACACGCGUAAACGCCGGAAGAGUAAGAACUGCAUCAUCUCAUAAGAAAGAAUGUGCGCGCGUGUGUUUGUCUGUCUGUGCGUCUGAGUGUGUCCUUAUUCUAAUAACUUACUGAAUGGAUUGUAAACAUAUUUAAGCAUGAUCAAAUUAUAACCAAGACGACUUGAUCAUGUCUCCUGGACCUUAUCUCCUCUGUUUACUGUGACAGAAGAUGGCACAAAGAUUUCAUGUAUGAACAAUUACCUAUUUGAAUAUUACAUUGAAUAUUGUAUAUUUGACAACACUUAAGUUCACUUGUGGAAACGUGCAAUAAGAAUGUGCAAUGUAUCUUUGGUCUGGCUGGAAAAAAGGAGCAAGGCUCAAUGCGCACCGAACAAGAACUGAUAGUGGUGAGUUACCAUAACUAGCUUUCAUUAUUGUAUUCUAAUCUUUAUUAAGUAUUGUCUUAACUUAAAGUCAUUUGUGUUAUUGUAUAUGUGAAGAUUGAGAGAGUGCUAGCACAGCCUUAUGGCUUGAUCUAUCAGUACUAAUUAUGAAGUCGGAUAGUGAAGACUGAGGGGACUUGGCUUUAAGUGCAAAUCUUAUCUACCCCAGCUUCAACGCAACACUCCCCUUCUAUUUUUCUCUCUUUAAACCUGUCCUUCUUCUCAUCUUUUAGCAGACCCAGUUCACAUAACUCUAUAAAUAAUCCACAUACUAGAUACUGUUUCCAUUGUUCUAAUUGCUUGCACCCUGUCUAAUCAAUGACACUUUAAGAUCACGUACAUUCGCUUUUGAGCAUAGCAAUGUUUGGUAUAGUCCUGUUUUAAAUGCAAUAUACUUUCUUUUUCCAAAGUCCUCAUUUUAAUAAUGCUAUCUUUAACUUAUAUGUAUGUACAGUGAUUUUAAAAAGUAAUAUAAGUUAUGGCUGUAGUAUUGUAAAUGUUCUGUAAAUAUAGUCUUAAAUAUUUCUAUAUUUUGUAACUUCAGAUGCAUUAUUUGUAUCAUAUUGUAGAGUGUAGAAACCCAAGCUGACUGCAUGUAUCCCCAGUUCAUGUCUUGUAUCUGAAUUAAACCAUAUUUCAAUGAUCAAUAAA